AUGGAGGUCACUUCUCCUGCAAGCCCCUCUGCAAAUGGGCUUGCUACUACCGCUUUCCCCACGAUAGACCCAAACCUCGUUGUCGAGUACCUUGCAUCGGUCAUCGAGAGUACUUUGGGCGCCUCGCGGAGAGAACUUGAAAAUGUUGGCAGCCUCCUCUCAAAAUCCCGGUACUCUGAGACCGUGCAACGAUGCUCCCGGUUCGCAACUGAAUCCCAAGCUGCUCUCUAUGUCCAGAAAGAUAUCGCAGCGGGGGAUGGGAUGGAUGGGGUUAUUGACACAUCAAAUUCGAUAACUUAUACUUACAGCUUGGCUACCGAUAUUUCCUUCUCCCCGUCGACGACUGCCUCCGUCGCCUUCUUGAAACGGCCGCAUCCUAUGGACCCUUCGAUACCCAUUUCCGCUCAAAUCCAAAUAAUUAAUUUGCCCGGCACGGCCUCGUUAAACAAUACUGGCAAUGGCCAAGCUGGAACGUCAGUUUCUCCUUUCGAAAUAUUACACUCUGUUGUGCACUUAGCGCUGGCGCCAUACUUCGAUGCGUAUACUCGGACACAACAGACCACGAAUGGUACUCGAGGUAGAUCAGAGGUGGAGGCAAAGACGGGGAUCCCUGUGACCAAGAAAAGGAUAACUGAGCUGGAGUUGAGCUUGUUGCACCUUCAACAGAAUAUUGAAAUUCCAGACUUGAUCCUGCCCUUUCACCCCAUGGUCCAGAAUGCAUUGGACGAAGCUGCUGCUCGAAACAUCAAGCCUACAGUGGAGCUUAUACCUGCAGAACUUCUGCAAGAUAGCGCAUUCCUGAACAAUUUACAGUCAAACGUGAAUGGGUGGAUCAAAUCUAUACAGGCAGUCACGAAGAUGUCAAGAGAUCCUGAGAGUGGUACGGCAACACAGGAAAUUAACUUUUGGCUUUCAAUGGAGUCGACACUCGAAAAGAUUGAACUUCAACUGCGGAGCGAAGGUGUGACUCUUACUCUGGAUAUUCUCCGAACCGCAAAGCGAUUCCAAGCAACUGUUAGUUUUGCUGCGGAUACUGGUCUGAAAGAGGCCAUGGAAAAGGUGCAAAAAUACAACCAGUUGAUGCGGGAUUUCCCGCUGGAUGAAUUACUGUCUGCUACCUCCCUACCAAAGAUCCAGGAUGCCAUCGGUAUGAUUUUUGGGCACCUCAACAAGAAGCUUAGAAUAUGCCCAUAUCCCAUUCGAAGAGCAUUGCCUCUGGUUGAAGCGAUUUCAGCGGACUUAGAUACUCAGUUGCACUCUUUGCUACAUGGCCGAUCGCUGAUGCACCUGGACUACCGGGACUUCAAGGACCUGCUAGCAACAGCGGACGGAAUCUGGAGAGCUUGGGACGAGAAUGUCAAGGAAUUCACAAAUGUUGCUCGAGAAGUUACCCGUCGUAGGAAUGAGAAGUUCAUCCCAAUCAAGAUUAAUCCGAAGCAUGCGGAUCUGCAAGCCCGAUUGAAGUAUGUGGGUACAUUUCGCGAUAACCACGAGCAGUUGCAAAGGACCAUGGUCAAUGUUUUAGGACCAAAGGCUGGGGAGGGUCACGCAGAUGGUUCCAACGGAGUCAUCUUGGUCGAAGAGAUGGGCGACGUCGAUGCCGUUGAGGAAGUUCAGCAAGCAUGGGCUGCUUUGAAUAACGUGGACCUGCUCGAUGUAACUCCUGAAGGGACCCAAAUCUGGAUCCUUGCAGAGAAUACUUAUAAUGAAAGAACAUCGCGUGUGGAGAAUUCUAUCAUCGCACGAUUACGAGAUCGAUUAGCUACGGCUAAGAACGCCAACGAGAUGUUCCGAGUCUUUUCGAAGUUCAAUGCCCUCCUUGUUCGACCAAAGAUACGGGGUGCGAUCACUGAAUAUCAAACUCAAUUGAUAGAUAACGUGAAGCGCGACAUAUCCUCUUUGCACGAACGAUUUAAGCAGCAAUAUGGCCACUCCGAAGCACAUGCGAUGGCCCAGCUUCGAGAUCUGCCCCCAGUUUCAGGAGCCAUUAUCUGGGCUCGUCAGAUUGAGCGGCAGCUCGAUGGAUAUAUGAAGAGGGUUGAGGAUGUGCUCGGAAAUGACUGGGCUCUUCAUUCUGAGGGUCAAAAGCUCCAAAGCGAGAGUAAUCUCUUCCGUAAGAAGCUAGAUACGCGCCCUAUAUUCGAGGCCUGGCUUCAUGAUGUGCAAAGGAAACAAGUCUCUAUUUCCGGACGCCUAUUCAAUAUCAACAAGGUCCGAGCUGCAAAUUAUGCAUUGGAAUUAGCUGUCAAUUUCGACCCUCAAGUUAUUGCCCUCUUCAAGGAAACCCGCAAUCUUUUAUGGCUUAAUUACGCUGUUCCCCACCAGAUCAACAACGUCUCGAAGGAAGCCAAGCGAGUCUAUCCUUAUGCCGUCAGCCUCAUGGAGAGCGUGCGGACGCUGGCGCAAACUACUCGCCAAAUUUCACAAAUGUCCGAUGUUUCAAUACUUUUGAGCGGAUACCAAAAUGAUGUCCAGGCUUUAAUUUCGAAAGGUAUUCCGUUGAAAUGGGAGUCCUUCCUACAUUCAUUUGAUCUUCAUAUCAAACCAACUUCGUUCCUGUCCAAUGGAUCUGUCGGCCAUAUCCCUGGUGGCGGUAAUGAGAGCAAACAUGUCCAAUUCAUCCGGGAAUUUGCUUUAUCUGUCUCUUUGUUACAGAGCAAGACCUCGGCAUUAGCUUCCAUCAAUGCCACGGUCCAGAAGGCAUUAGUGGAGCUGGAGUCCUGUCCAUACGAUGCAAACUCUUUCCAAGCACGACUUGAAACCAUACAGAUGGCGGUUGAUAAACUGAACCUCGAGAACUACGUAAAUUUGGCCUAUUGGGUUAGAGAGAUGAACGGACGAAUCAAGACGACUCUCCUUGCGCGAUUACAAAAAGCUAUUGAGUCUUGGAUUGAGACCUUUGAAAAUGCUCGUUCGGAAGGUGUCGAUGACGAUAGUCGCAGAAAGCAUCUCAGCGGUACCACUACCGAAGAGAAUGAGCAGGUUCCUUCCCUGAAACUUCUGGUGCACGAGAUUACGAUGCGUAAUCAGGUCAUAUACCUGGAGCCCCCGUUGGAAUAUGCCAGAGCCAGUUGGUUCUCACAGCUGCAUGAUUGGCUUGGGGUGGUUUGCAACCUUCGGAAAGUGAAGGCUUCAAGAUACGAGAUGAGUUUAGCUACAGGAAAUGAUGCCGAAGCUCGAUUUACAGAUCUUCCAGCUUCAUGUGCCGAGAGCCUGUCUCGUGUUUACACAUCAAUCGAGAAAAAACUGCACGAUAUUAGCAUUUACGUCGAUAAAUGGUUGCAGUUCCAGUCUCUUUGGGACCUCCAAUCCAACCAAGUGUACGAAAUACUUGGGGAGCAGCUUUCGAAAUGGUUGCAAUUACUUCAAGAGAUCAGAAAGACAAGAUCUACUUUCGACACGACCGAGGUCAGUCGAUCUUUUGGCCACCUCACGAUCGAUUAUGAUCAGGUGCAGACCAAAGUCAACGCCAAGUACGACCAGUGGCAGCACGAGAUUCUGAUAAAGUUUGCGACGCGUCUUGGCAGCCGUGCACGUGAAGUUUGCGCCGAAAUUCAGAAGUCACGGAGAGAUCUAGAAGUACAAUCCUUAGAAGCAACAUCUACCGCCCAAGCUGUUCAAUUCAUCACUAUUGUCCAGGUGUGCAAACGCAAGGUCAAGGCAUGGGGCCCGGAAGUGGAAAUCUUUAAGCAGGGGCAGACAACGCUGGUGAGACAAAGAUACCAGUUUCCUACGGACUGGCUUGGCGUUGAACAAAUCGAUAUGGAAUGGACCGCUCUCAAUGAGAUCUUGAAUCGGAAAGCCAAGAUUGUACAGGACCAAACCGACGCUCUUCGCGCAAAGAUAACCGCUGAAGACAAGGUAGUAGGAGACAAGAUCGCAGAAAUCAUCAACCAGUGGAACGAGGAGAAGCCUGUGUCUGGAACCAUUGCUCCUGAUGUCGCAUCUGCAACACUGACGUCUUUUGAGACCCGCAUCACGAAACUCCACGAGGAGUCUGAGAUGGUCUCCAAAGCCAAGGAAGCACUGGACCUUCCUGCAAGUCCGGAUACAGCUCUUACAGCUAUACUCGAGGAGGUACAAGACUUCAAAUCCGUCUGGGCCGCGCUGUCUACUAUCUGGAAGAGCUUGAACGAGCUUCGAGAUACCCUCUGGAAUAGCGUACAGCCACGCAAGCUCAGGUCAGCAAUAGAUGGGCUCAUCAAAAUGACGAAAGAGAUGCCCAGCCGUAUGAGGCAGUAUGCUGCUUUCGAGCAUAUUCAAAAUGUUCUUCGGCAGUUCCUCAAAGUUAACCCGGUUCUCGCGGACUUGAAAUCCGAAGCUGUCAGAGACCGGCACUGGAACAAGAUCUUCAAAGCCCUAAAGCCAGGAAAGCGCUACUCCCCUAUCGCCAUGACACUUGGAGAAGUUUGGGAUCUCAAUCUUGCAGCCAGCGAAGUUGUUAUACGAGAUAUCAUUACUCAAGCCCAAGGUGAGAUGGCGCUGGAAGAAUUCUUGAAGCAAGUUCGCGAAAUCUGGUCAAACUACUCCCUUGAGCUCGUCAACUACCAAAACAAAUGCCGACUAAUAAGAGGCUGGGAUGAUUUGUUUGCAAAAUGCAGCGAAAACCUUAAUUCCUUGCAAGCAAUGAGACACUCCCCGUACUACAAAGAAUUCGAGGAAGAAGCUUCGUCCUGGGAAGAUAAACUGAAUCGUGUCCACGUUCUGUUUGAUGUUUGGAUUGAUGUCCAGCGUCAAUGGGUCUACCUCGAAGGAGUCUUCACUGGCAAUGCAGACAUCAAACAUCUGCUGCCAAUCGAGUCGUCGAGGUUUCAGAACAUCAACUCAGAGUUCUUUGCAGUGAUGAAGAAGGUGUACAAACAGCCAUUUGUGUUAGACGUCCUCAACAUCUCCGGCGUGCAGAAGUCACUCGAGCGACUGGCAGAGUUGCUGAACAAGAUUCAAAAAGCACUUGGUGAAUACCUUGAGAGAGAACGUGUGUCUUUUCCUCGGUUCUACUUUGUCGGUGAUGAGGACCUUCUUGAAAUCAUUGGCAACAGCAACGACACAUUACGAAUUGCUAAACACUUCAAGAAGAUGUUUGCUGGUCUAUCAGGGCUUAUCAUGGACGAAGACCACAUCAUAUCUGGGUUCACAUCUAAAGAAGGCGAAGAGGUCAGGCUGAAAAAAGAGAUAUCACUGAUCAAAACCCCAAAGAUCAAUGAUUGGCUGGCUUUGCUGGAAACCAGCAUGAAGGCAACUCUUGCCGAGCUACUUGCCGAGGCUGUUGAGCAAUAUGACCCAUUAUUCGCAGCUGAUGAGAUCGACCAAGCCGCUUUGAACCAAUACAUUUCUUCAUUUCCCACCCAGAUAGUUGUUUUGGCUACGCAGGUUGUAUGGACUUCGUCAGUUGAGAAGGCUCUUGAAGCUGGCGGGGCUACAUUGCAGAAUCUCUAUGAUCAAGAGGUCAAGGUACUCCGUCUCCUCGCAGCAACAGUACUUGGAGACCUUGAUCCUAUCCAAAGAAAGAGAUGCGAGCACCUUAUUACGGAAUGUGUUCACCAGAGGGAUGUUAUCGAGAAGCUCAUCAACCUGAAUGCGAACACGCCCAACCACUACAUGUGGCUCUUGCAAAUGAGAUAUGUAUACAAGGCAGAAAGUGAUUUCCUUCAGCGUCUCCACAUCAGGAUGGCGAAUGCCAAGCUCAAUUAUGGCUUUGAAUACCUUGGGGUUGCAGAACGUCUUGUUCGAACACCGUUGACAGAUCGCUGCUUUUUGACUCUGACACAAGCACUUUGUCAACGACUUGGUGGAUCUCCCUACGGGCCUGCUGGAACAGGUAAGACGGAGUCUGUUAAGGCCUUGGGUGUUCAGCUUGGGAGAUUUACACUUGUAUUCUGUUGCGACGAUACAUUUGAUUUCCAAGCUAUGGGACGCAUUUUCUUAGGUAUCUGUCAAGUUGGAGCAUGGGGCUGUUUUGAUGAGUUUAAUCGUCUAGAGGAGCGUAUUCUAUCAGCGGUAUCGCAGCAAGUUCAGAACAUUCAGCUUGGCCUGAAGCAGGGUAUGGAGGAUGAGAAGUCCCAGAUCGAACUUGUCGGCCGUCAACUGCGUGUAAAUGCCAACACUGGGAUAUUUAUUACUAUGAACCCUGGAUACGCCGGCCGCUCCAAUCUUCCCGAUAAUCUUAAGAAACUUUUCCGAAGUGUUGCGAUGUCGAAACCUGACAAAGAACUCAUUGCGGAGGUCAUGCUCUACUCGCAAGGUUUCAAUCAGGCAAAGCAAUUAUCGAAGCAGACUGUCCCCUUCUUUGAUCGAUGUGCAGCAAGGCUGUCAAAGCAGGCCCAUUAUGACUUUGGGCUUCGUGCACUGAAAAGUGUGCUAGUCAGCUCUGGUGGUUUGAAACGCGCUCGACUUACCAACGCUGGCGGCCAUCUUGGUCCAGAGGAAGAAGUGGAACCCCAAAUCAUUGUUCAGAGUAUUCGGGAAACCAUUGCACCGAAGUUGAUCAAGAGCGAUGUGGAAAUUAUGAGGUCCAUUGAGGCUGAGUCUUUCCCUGGAGUUGAAUAUGUGCCCGCUAGCUUAGAAAAGUUGCAAGAGGCCAUUUGCAGCAUCGCGAAGGAAAGAAACCUCGUUAUCAAUGACAUGUGGAUGACGAAGAUCCUUCAACUUUUCCAAAUACAGACUAUCCAUCAUGGUGUGAUGAUGGUGGGAGACUCUGGGUCUGGAAAAUCUGUGGCUUGGAAACUUCUGCUGCAAGCUCUACAACAAGUAGAAGGCGUUGAAGGGGUAUGCCAUAUUAUCGACUCUAAAGUAAUGUCGAAAGAGGCCCUGUACGGAAACCUGGAUUCUACUACCCGGGAGUGGACGGAUGGUCUUUUCACAAGCAUUCUACGGAAGAUUGUCGAUAACUUGCGUGGCGAGGAGACCAAGCGACACUGGAUUGUCUUUGAUGGUGAUGUGGAUCCAGAAUGGGUCGAGAAUUUGAACAGUGUGCUUGAUGACAACAAACUCUUGACUCUGCCAAACGGCGAGCGACUCAAUCUACCCUCCAAUGUUCGGAUCAUGUUCGAAGUUGAGACCUUGAAGUAUGCCACUCUUGCAACCGUUAGUCGUUGUGGAAUGGUGUGGUUCAGUGAGGAUACAGUGACAUCCAACAUGAUGGUCACCAACUACUUGGAUACAUUGAGAACAGUGGCAUUCGAAGAUCUUGAUGAAGAUGCCGUUGCAACAGGGCAGAGCGCUGCCAAGGCCCUUGCUAUCCAAAGCCAAGUAGCAGACCUACUGCAAGAAUUCCUCACCACGGACGACUUCAUUUCAAAUGCUCUGGAACGUGCACAAGGUUUCAACCAUAUCAUGGAGUUCACCAUUGCUCGAGUCUUGAAUACUCUAUUCUCUCUGCUCAACAAGUCUGUUCGGGAUAUCAUCGAAUACAAUGCGCAGCAUGUGGACUUUCCCCUUGACCCGGAACAAGUCGAAUCUUAUGUAGCAAAGAAACUUCUUCUAGCCUUGGUUUGGUCAUUGACAGGAGACUGCCCUCUCGGAGACCGCAAACGCUUCGGAGAUGCUCUUGCCGGACUUGCUACUUUCGGAUCGCCGAUAUUAGCGGACAACUCUUCUCUCAUCGAUUUCGAUGUUACUUUACCAAAAGCCGAGUGGUCAUCGUGGCAGAACCAAGUCCCAACGAUUGAGGUCAAUACACACUCCAUUACUCAGACGGAUGUUGUUAUCCCGACACUUGAUACAGUUCGUCACGAAGAUGUUCUGUAUUCUUGGCUAGCUGAGCACAAGCCUUUAGUUCUAUGCGGACCUCCGGGAUCUGGAAAGACCAUGACAUUGUUCAGUGCUCUUCGAAAGUUACCCAACAUGGAAGUAGUCGGACUCAAUUUUUCCAGCGCCACUACUCCAGACUUGCUUAUCAAGACCUUCGAGCAGUACUGUGAAUACAAGAAGACCUUGAACGGAGUCAUUCUUUCUCCCACCCAAAUUGGUCGAUGGCUUGUGCUAUUCUGCGAUGAGAUAAAUUUGCCAGCACCAGACAGGUACGGCACGCAGAGAGCAAUCUCCUUUUUGCGACAGCUCGUAGAGCAAAAUGGUUUCUGGCGAACCUCGGAUAAAACUUGGGUCACCCUCGACCGCAUUCAGUUUGUGGGUGCAUGCAAUCCUCCUACAGAUGCUGGCCGAACUCCAAUGGGAGCGCGGUUCUUACGACACGCACCACUUAUCAUGGUUGACUACCCUGGAGAGCUCUCGCUCCAACAGAUUUAUGGAACUUUCAACAGCGCCGUUCUCAAGAUUGUUCCAUCGCUGAGAGGCUAUUCUGAGGCACUCACCAAAGCAAUGGUCCAAUUCUAUCUGGAAUCGCAGCAGCGCUUCACUCCAAAAAUCCAACCUCACUAUGUUUACAGUCCUCGUGAACUCACUAGGUGGGUGCGAGGUAUCUACGAGGCCAUUCGACCGCUUGAAACGCUUUCUAUCGAGGGACUUGUUCGUAUAUGGGCCCAUGAGGCUCUGCGACUAUUCCAGGACCGACUGGUUGCAGAGGAAGAAAGAAAUUGGACUAACGAUGCCGUUCGUCGUAUUGCCCUCGAUUUCUUCCCUACAAUCGAUGAAGAGAAAGCUCUGGGUGGCCCGAUUCUCUUUUCCAAUUGGCUUUCCAAGAACUAUGUUCCUGUUGAUCGAGAACAACUGCGUGAGUUCGUCAAAGCGAGACUUAAGACUUUCUGCGAAGAAGAAGUUGAUGUCCCGUUGAUCCUUUUCAAUGAUGUCUUGGAACACGUACUUCGUAUCGAUCGUGUGUUUAGACAGCCUCAAGGUCAUUUGAUUUUGAUUGGAGUCAGUGGCAGUGGCAAGACUACGUUGUCUCGAUUUGUCGCUUGGAUGAACGGUCUCAAAGUCUUCCAGAUCAAAGUGCACGGGAAAUACUCUGCCGAGGAUUUCGAUGAUGAUCUUCGUGACGUACUUCGACGCUGUGGUUGCAAGGGGGAGAAGAUCUGUUUCAUCAUGGACGAGUCGAAUGUUCUCGAUUCUGGCUUCCUCGAGAGAAUGAACACAUUGUUAGCGAAUGCUGAGGUGCCUGGCCUUUUUGAGGGCGACGAGCUAGCGUCGUUGAUGACAGCUUGCAAAGAAGGCGCUCAACGUCAAGGCCUUCUUCUGGACUCUCAAGAAGAACUUUAUAAAUGGUUUACACAACAGAUCGUCAAGAAUCUCCAUGUAGUGUUUACCAUGAACCCUCCCGAGGAUGGACUGUCUUCCAAGGCUGCAACUAGUCCAGCUCUUUUCAACCGGUGCGUGCUCAACUGGUUUGGGGACUGGUCCGAUCAAGCCCUCUUCCAAGUCGGUACGGAGCUCACACAAUCGGUUGAUCUUGAUCGGCCCAACUUCACCGCUCCUGAUAGCAUCCCUGUUGCGUAUCGGGAUCUCAGUCUGCCAGCAUCGCAUCGUGCUGCUGUCGUCAAUUCCAUGGUCUACAUUCAUUAUUCGCUUCAGCGCUUCAAUGUGAAGCUCCUCAAGCAGCAGGGGAGAGUAACGUUCCUCACGCCAAGACAUUUUCUGGACUUCGUUGCCCAAUACGUAAAACUGUACAACGAGAAGCGUGAAGACCUCGAAGAGCAACAGCGGCAUCUCAAUGUUGGACUGGAGAAGCUGAGAGACACCGUCGACAAGGUUCGUGAUCUGCGAGCUAGUCUGGCCGAGAAGAAAGGACAGCUAGAGCGUAAAGAUGCAGAAGCCAAUGAGAAACUCCAGCGUAUGGUUGCAGAUCAACGAGAGGCUGAACAGCGCAAGACGACAUCGUUGGAGAUUCAGGCGGCCCUAGAGAAGCAAGAAGCUGAAGUUGCGCAGCGUAGAGAAUUGGUGUUGAAUGAUCUAGCCAAUGCGGAGCCGGCAGUCAUUGAAGCACAGAAGAGUGUCAGCAACAUCAAAAGGCAGCAUCUCACCGAAGUCCGAUCCAUGGGCAAUCCACCUCAAGGUGUCAAGCUUGCACUUGAUUCUGUUUGCACUUUACUUGGUCACAGAGUCGAUAGCUGGAAGACUGUACAGGCGAUCGUUCGUAGAGAUGAUUUCAUCGCAAGCAUUGUCAACUACGACAACGAGAAGCAGAUGACCAAAAGCUUGCGAAUCAAGAUGCGCAACGAGUACCUAUCGAAUGAAGAUUUUACAUAUGAGAAGGUCAACCGAGCAAGUAAGGCUUGUGGUCCUCUCGUUCAGUGGGUCCAGGCUCAAGUCAACUACUCUGAGAUCCUUGACCGCGUCGGACCCCUCAGGGAAGAAGUCACCAUGCUCGAGGAGCAGGCUCUUCAAACCAAAGCCGAAGCACAAGCCGUUGAGAAUACUAUCAAUACCCUUGAACAAAGUAUCGCCACAUAUAAGACGGAGUAUGCUGCUUUGAUCAGCGAAACACAGGCGAUUAAGACAGAGAUGUCGCGCGUACAAUUCAAGGUCGAUCGAAGUGUUCGCCUGCUCGACAGUCUUUCUUCUGAACGGGUACGCUGGGAGGCCGGUAGCAAAUCAUUCGAGACUCAAAUAAGCACCCUAGUUGGCGAUGUCCUUGUUGCAGCUGCCUUUUUAGCAUACAGCGGACUCUAUGAUCAACAAUUCCGUAAGAACAUGAUGGAUGAUUGGCUGCAUCAACUGGAACUUUCAGGCAUCAAUUACAAACAGCACAACCCUGUUACAGAGUAUCUCUCUACAGCAGACGAACGACUCGGAUGGCAACAGAACUCCCUUCCUGUCGAUGAUCUUUGCACAGAAAACGCAAUUAUCUUGAAGCGUUUCAAUCGGUACCCGUUGAUCAUAGAUCCUUCCGGCCGUGUGACCGAAUUCCUUCAGAAGGAAUGCAAAGAUAGACGUCUUACUGUUACCAGCUUUCUGGAUGACUCGUUCACAAAACAACUGGAGAGUUCCCUUCGUUUCGGAAACCCGAUCUUGAUUCAAGAUGCCGAGUACCUGGAUCCGGUCCUCAACCACGUGCUAAACAAAGAAUACCAGAAGACUGGUGGGCGUGUUCUCAUUCAGCUCGGAAAACAGGAAAUCGAUUUCUCACCGGCUUUCAAGAUCUACCUAUCUACCAGAGAUCCGUCUGCUACCUUUGCACCUGAUAUUUGCAGUCGUACAACCUUUGUCAAUUUCACCGUCACACAAAGCAGUCUCCAGACGCAAUCCCUAAACGACGUUUUGAAAUCCGAACGUCCAGAUGUGGAUGAGCGAAGAUCAAACCUCAUCAAACUUCAGGGCGAGUUCAAGAUUCAUCUGAGACAAUUGGAAAAGCGACUGCUUCAAGCGCUGAACGAAUCACGUGGCAACAUCCUCGAUGACGAUAAUGUCAUCGAAACGCUGGAAACAUUGAAGAAGGAAGCCGCAGAAAUCUCGACAAAAAUGAGCAAUACAGAAGGUGUGAUGGCAGAAGUCGAUGAAAUCACCCUCCAGUACAAUGUCAUCGCUCGAUCAUGUAGUGCAGUAUUUGCUGUUCUGGAGCAGCUGCAUUAUCUCAAUCACUUCUACCAGUUCUCACUGCAGUACUUCCUCGACAUCUUUCACUUUGUCUUGCAUAACAACAAGCGUCUAGCAAAUGAAACCAAUCACAAUGUCCGUCGCGAUAUUAUCAUCGAGGACCUUUUUGUGACCACUUAUCAGCGUACGUCACUCAGUCUACUUCAGAAGGAUCGUAUCACUUUGGCCAUGCUUCUCGCCCAAGCUGCGCCAUACAAGAUGGAUAAGAGCCUCAUUGAUAUUAUUCUGGAUGAGAGCGUUGAAGGCACCGAUGUCUCUACAGAGGCCAACAAGAAAGAUGAGGUUUUGGCAAGAGCAUCGAGGGUUUCCGCUCUCAAAGGUAAACUAGAAGGGAUCUCCCAAGCUGCGUGGGACCGAUUCUUGUUUGAAGAGAUAGGAGAGAAUCACGUGCCCCAGAUUUGGGAUGCGAAUACCGAGAAGCGCGACCAAGAGCUUAUUUCUCUGCUCUUGGUCAAGCUCUUCCGUCUCGAUCGGUUUGUUCCAGCGGCCGAGCGGUUUGUCACUGCCGUGUUUGGUCCCGGUCUUCUCGAUACGACAGAGGACCUCAAGCAAACUGUUGAUCAAGUCUCUGCAAGCAGCCCAAUUGCUCUUUGCUCAAGUCCAGGAUUUGAUGCAAGCUACAAGGUUGAGAAUUUGGUUGAAAGAUCUCGCACGACCUGCACUAAUAUUGCCAUGGGAUCAAACGAGGGUCUUGCGAGCGCAGACAAAGCCAUCAGCAAUGCUGCGGCCAACGGGUCAUGGGUUCUAGUCAAGAACGUCCACCUAGCUCCAACUUGGUUGCAGAGUCUCGAAAAAAGGAUGGACUCGCUCAAGCCACACGAGAAUUUCAGAUUGUUCUUAUCCAUGGAGUCGAGCCCGAAGAUUCCUGUCAACCUACUGAGAGCUUCCCGCGUGUUGAUGUAUGAGCAGCCUGCAGGCGUGCGGGCCAACAUGAAAGACUCGAUGACAUCCCUUUCAACAAGAGCAGUCAAGAACCCAGUUGAAAGGACCAGGCUUUACCUUCUCCUGUGUUUCUUGCAUGCCGUAGUCCAGGAGAGAUUGCGGUACGCUCCAAAUCUAGGAUGGAAGGGUUUCUGGGAGUUUAACGAUAGCGACUAUGAAUGCUCUGCGUUUAUUAUCGACACCUGGGUCGAGACGGUCGCCAUGGGACGAACAAACGUUGCUCCGCAGAACUUACCUUGGGAUAUGAUCCGUACCCUAGUCGUUGAAACUUACGGUGGCAAGAUUGACGACGAGGGCGACUUCGCGCGUCUCACGCAGCUAGUCCACUCCUUCCUCACCCCAGCCGCAUACGACAUCGGGCACAAGCUCGUCGAAGGAGCAGCAGCUGCGGGCAAUCAAGACCCCAGCGACGAAAACGCCGGCUCGCUAGUCGUCCCCAGCGGCACGUCCCUCAAGGAGUUCAUGGACUGGAUCCAGAAGCUGCCGGAGCGCGAACCGCCCACGUAUCUCGGCCUGCCAGCCAACGCGGAGAAGCUCCUGCUCGUCGGCCAAGGCCGCAGCAUGAUCCAGAACCUCGGCAAGAUCACCGAGCUGCUGGACGAGGGCGAGCAGAUCAUGGCAGAAGCUGCUUGA